AUGUCCGAACAAGCGAGCUCGCGGUUUACACCGUCCAACAAGACAACAACGGAGCGCAUCUCGGACAGCACCGUCGGUCUCGUCGCGCUCUCCGACUUUCGCAAACGACGCGCCGAGGUCCUCGAUCAGCAAGACCGCGAACGAGAAGCCGCCUUGUCCGGCACAUCCACGCCCGACCGCUCCCAUUCCGCGACGCCAGAUCCCGGGAGCGACUCGGCCAGCGGUGCGAGCAAACCGAAAAAGAAGAAGAAGAAGCUCGGCGGCAGCAAGCUGUCUUUUGGCGACGAUGAAGAGGAGGGGGAGGAGGAGGAUUUGGUGCCAAUGAAGAAAGGCAAGAAGGCAGACGAGGGCGACGACAACAAAGCCACGUCAGUGAAGAAGUCCAAAGUCGUUGCCAACUCGUCAGUCGCCUUUGUGCCCAAGGUCAUGUCGAAAGCGGCAUUGCGCCGCGAAGCAGCUGAGCGAGAGGCGUUGCGCAAGGAGUUCCUGGCGAUACAAGAGGCUGUCAAAACGACGGAAAUUGCCAUACCAUUCGUCUUUUACGACGGUUCAAAUAUCCCAGGUGGUACCGUACGCGUCAAGAAGGGCGACUACAUCUGGGUGUUCCUUGACAAGAGUCGAAAAGUUGGCGCCGAGCUGGGCGUGGGGGAAAAGGCCAAUGCACGAAGGGAAUGGGCGAGAGUUGGGGUGGACGACCUGAUGCUCGUUCGGGGGUCCAUCAUCAUUCCACAUCACUACGAGUUCUACUUUUUCAUCAUCAACAAAAACGCCGGCCCAGGUGGCCAACAACUCUUCAACUACAAAGCCGACGCGCCGCCCAAAAAGGACGGUCCGGAACCCGACGAAGCCCCGGCUGCCCCCGCCGGCGGACUGACCACCGCAGCGGCUCUCAAGGCGGCUGCAGUGAAGGCCUUGCCUGAUAUCAACACUCUCGAAGGAGCCACAGACGACCCUACCCUGACGAAAGUGGUGGAUCGGCGCUGGUAUGAGCGCAACAAGCACAUCUACCCAGCGAGCAUGUGGCAGGAGUUUGACUCCGAGAAGGACUAUGAUACGGAAGUGCGGAAGGAUGCCGGCGGUAACACAUUCUUCUUCUCGAGAUGA